GACAUUUACGGAUAUGACCUCUUAAGACGCAAAAAUCAAAAUCCCAAAAAUAAUAACUAUGGUUAAGACUUAGGCCGUUCAGCGAUCGUUUUCCUUAGCCUAUUAAAUUUUUUGUGAGUGAGUACACGGCUACAUAUUUUAGAACAAUGGCAGCGCAAGCGUCAAGAAAGACUCUUGCUCAGUUAAUCAGACAAGGAUACGACGAAAUACCAGAAAUAUACGCAGGCACUGCCCUUGCAUUGGUGGGAAUAGGCCUGGGUUCCGUAGGAUGUUACAAUUACUUUAAAAGAGAUGGAGAUAAUAAAAGGUACAAGAAAAUGUACGUAGUUAUGAGACCCGAUGACCCCAGAGUAGCAAAGAUUAGAAAAGACUAAGUUUUAUUAAGUGAAGUAGUGGAUAAAUAGUUGCAAUUAUGUAAUGUACAAUAAAGUUACUAAAAACUAUAUU